GCUCCGUUUUGCCGUCAAUCCUACAAGCAGUCGGGUGCCACCGGAGUGCCCGGGGCUGUGGACUUAUUUUUCAUUCCGGGAAUCGGAAUUGGACACCAACAAACUAUCCCAGAAGAUGUUCUUCUUUCUGCUACCUGCCGUGGCUCUCUUGCUGAGCGGAGAAACGGCGGUCUCCGGUAACAGCAAAUGGCUGAGCACCGUGGCUCAGAACAACAAGGACAGAUCCUGGAACAGAUUCAGAGAUGAAGCGGAGGAUGACUACUUCAAAAGCUGGGCUCCUGCUAAGUCUCUAGACCAAGAGCGAGAGGCCGAACCUGGCAGACAUGGAGACCCAGGAACAAAAGUUCACUCAGGCUCAGUCAAGAAGACAGUACAGGAUGGUGAGUUCGGGAAGCAUCAUUUUCAUCAUAUCUCCAGGCAGAGGACAUUUAGGGGAAUCACAUUUUUUGGCGGCUCUGUCAGAGCAUGUACUGACACCGAGCUCCACAGUCUGGCUUCCAGACUGAAGGACUGGUUCGGAGUUCUUCACCUUGACGCCAACAGAGACCUCAAAUCCUCUGACAGCUUUGACUCCGCCACUGGACACUUUGACACCAGCAUCUUGCCCAUCUGUAAGGACUCACUGGGCUGGAUGUUCAACAAACUAGACAUGAACUUUGACCUCCUGCUCGACCAAUCAGAGCUGAGUGCCAUCUAUCUGGACAAGUACGAGCUGUGCAUGAAGCCCCUCUUCAACUCUUGUGACUCCUUCAAGGACGGCAAGCUGUCUAACAACGAGUGGUGCUACUGCUUCCAGAAGCCUGAGGGACUGCCUUGCCAAACUGAGAAGAACAGGAUCCAGAAUCAGAGUCGAAGGAAGAGCCUCAUAGGCUCUUAUAUUCCUCGUUGUACUGAGGAGGGCUACUUUAAACCAACCCAGUGUCACAGCAGCACCGGCCAGUGUUGGUGUGUGGACAAAUAUGGCAAUGAGAUCGCUGGCUCCAGAAAACAAGGCAACCCUAACUGUGAUGAGGACCAGGAGACAUCAGGAGAUUUUGGCAGUGGCGGUGCAGUCAUUCUCCUGGAUGACCAGGACGAGGAGCCAUCACAGACCGGGCGGAGCCGGCAGAAGAAGAGACGGGGCCGGAUUCACCCCCGAGGAGCCAUCGAGGACGACGAGGACGAGGAAGACGAUAAGGAUGACGAGAUCGGAUAUGUUUGGUAGCUCCGCUCCAUUUUAUUUUGCCAUCAGCCGACAAGGAAUCUCCGUUAACUCAGCACAGAUCUGAAGCCAUUCCAAUGUCUCCUCCUCCAGUUACUUUGGCAGCAGCUCCUGAACUUGCUCUUGUAAUCCCUGUCCCUUAUCCAUAUCUCUCUCUUCAGUGAACCUCAUCCGACCUCUUUCUUUUCAAGUGUUUCGCGCUUUCCUCAGACAGAAAACACAACGCCUAUUAGAUUUCAACAACUGUCAAGACCCUGUUAGAAUUCUGCUCAAGCUGUCCACUUUCUGCUUCUUCCUUCACCCAAACCUGCAAUCUUUCACCUCUUCUAACAUGGACUCGCUUCUCUAUUACUCCCUCCAUCUCCUUCUCUUAUUCAGUCCCCCUCUCAUAUAUCUCUGUAUGUCCAUGUCAGAGCCUCUGGUCAGAUACAUUAGCUGAUGUACUGGAUGUAAAUAUGUUUCCUCCAGGAAGGCCAGAUUGUGGAUUGCCCUGCCUGAACUUCCAUCAGCGGUUCAUUCUCAUGUUCUGUGUUCCACUGUCGAGCUCCUUCCAGUGUUCAAAGAUGUUUCCACAACUCAUUCCCAGGCUCUGAGAUGCUCCCUCUCUCUCCGUUAAUUCAUGGAGGAUUGUAAAUUAUUUAAUCGUUGAUCUUGAAUGUCCCAGAAAGCCCAGGAAGCAAUGAGACUAAUGAUGUAUUGUCGUUGUUGUUGCAUGUUUCUCAUCGUGUUUCUGUAAAAGAGAGAUUUACCUGGCCAGGUCUAGCUCUAUGCAUCUCAAACAGAAAGUGAUGCCUAUUUGGCUGCUACAAUACGUUGUUGCUAUGUUGAUGCUGUCUAGUGUCUUUUUGGUUCUUCUCCCAAUCUCAGGAGGUAGGAGGUUGCAUUGCAGAGCGAUAGCAGUGUAGAACAGCGAACUGCAAUGCCUACAGUCCAAAUCAGCCAGCUAUUCUUUUACUAAUUGGUCAGCAGGGCUGCUGAGGCUGUUUGACUGUGCAUAGACACUAGAGCAAGAAGCUGCUCCUGAGCUGGGAGGACACACGAAGUCGGGCGAGCAGAGAAGAGGCUCUGUUCUGCCUCCCAACAUUGGAUAUGUUCAGUGAUUGAAAAUUGAAAUCUUCACCAUGUCAACUAAGUGAACUUUUAUUUGUAACUUUGAAAAUUUAAGUAAAGUGGCACUUUGGGUGUCUUUUGAACCUUA